AUGGCUAGCCUUGACACUGACGCUCAAUCUUAUGAAGGAUUUGUGGAGAACGGCGGUGUCCGGAUUCAUUUUCGCGCAGCUGGUCAAGGCCCUCUACUACUUCUGCUCCACGGCUUUCCCGACAAUGGAGAAACCAAUGUGCCAGAUGACGUGGACGCAUACGACUUGUCGAAUGUUGUGGGUGAUAUGAUCACCAUCCUCGCCCAUUUCAAGACUGAAAAGGCCAUUAUUGGCGGUCAUGAUAUUGGCGGGGCAGCGAUUCAGAUGCUGGCGCUAAUGAGGCCGGAGCUUGUUGCGGGACUGAUUCUCAUCAACACACCGAUUUUGCCAAGGUUUUAUGAUCUGGUGAAUUUUGAUGAAGGACAGCAAAAAAUGUCCGAAUACACAAUAAAAUUCAUACAGUAUCAGCCUGGCGAUGAAAAGAAUGAGGCAGAUGUUGUGAAAUUCAUAAGGGAUCCUGCACGACGGCAAGCAGUAGCGGAGUACAUGCGCUCUUCUCCAAUGCAUGGCAUGUUCGCCUUAUACAAAAAGAACUAUCCCGGCCCACCUUAUGGUCAGAACGUCGAUACAUUGUACAUGCGUUUUCAGGUCCCGACACUGAUAAUCUGGGGUACGGAGGAUGAAUACUUCUCUCCCAAAUUCCUUGAUCAACUCCUACAGCAUUUCCUUGCACCUACCCGACUCGUCACGUUGCCAGCAACAGGGCAUUGGCCAUUCCAAGAACAAGCUGAGAAGGUCAACAUGGAGAUCUGGUCUUGGCUUGAAAUGUUGAAGCUUGGCUAA